AUGUUGUUCUUCUUCUAUUUGUUGCUUAGUGUGACGGCAGGCGCUGUCACUUUAUCCACCACAGCUACGGAAAUUCAUUAUACUGAUAUUACAGCAACUUCUUGUCCUGAAAAUGUUUGUGAGCUCAGUUCUGUUAUUACUCCAGCUCCUUCUGCUACAUACCAUUCUAGUGACGAUGACGACGAUGUCACCACCUUAUUAAUUAUUGUUACUUACGAUGAAAUAAUCAAUAAGUAUAUCACGUACUGUCCGGAUUUGGACUUGACGCUCGGGAUUGCUACAGGGCCGCCAGGAUCAUCGUUCACUUCAACCACUAUGACGUUGCCGGUUUCUGAUAGAACUACGACCUCAUCAAUUACGUUCGCGGCUUCUUACAGUCCAACCCCCAGUAUCAGUGCAAGUGUUGUUCUGCUGGUUCCCUCGACAGCUUCUUUGGUCUCAAGUUCUCCGAUCAUUGAUAUUUCUCUGUCGUCAGCUGUUCCCAGCAGCUCCGCAGAGCCCAGUGCUUCGACUACAGUCACCUCGUCGAGCAUCUACAGCGCAUCCAGCCCUGUUUUGGAGUCUUCAGCGUCGGCAUUCCCAAGCGAAGAGUCCACGUCUUCCGAAGCCGAAACCUGGCCGGCCCCUUCCACCGCCGAGACUUCUUCAAUUUCGGUAACUUCGAGUGCAGAGACCUCGUCCUCAAGUGCGGAGUCUCAGAUGCCUUCCGCUGCCGAGUCUUCGACUUCUGAAGUGGAAUCGUGGCCAGCCUCCAGCAUGGAGCCUUCGUCGACUUUGUGGGUGCCCAGCACUUCUCUGUCUGCGUCGUCGUAUACAGUCGAGACUCCAUCCAGUGUUCCAGUGGUGUCGUCUGCCUUUUUCUCGAGCCCCGAGGCCGUGCAGUCGUCCAAUGCGGCCACGUUUGUUGAGUCAUCGUCAUUUGUCUUUUCUUCAGUUGAGCCAUCUUCUGUCUUUUCUUCAGCCGAGCCAUCUUCUGUCUUUUCUUCAGCUGAGCCAUCUUCUGUCUUGUCCUCAGCCGAGGCAUCUUCUGUCUUUUCUUCAGUUGAGCCAUCUUCUGUCUUUUCUUCAGUUGAGCCAUCUUCUGUCUUUUCUUCAGCUGAGCCAUCUUCUGUCUUGUCCUCAGCCGAGGCAUCAUCUAUGUCGUCCUCAGCUGCUCCUUCUGUCGAGCCAUCUUCAAAGGCUUCAUCGGCAAUCGUUUCCUCGUCGCUUGGACUGUCGUCUGCAGUCUCCUCGUGGGCUGUUCCAUCAUCAGCCGACCCUGCGUCGCGGGUCUCGUCUGUGUUGUCAUCGGCCAUCCCAUCCUUUGCAGUGUCUUCCUCCCUGGAACCAUUGCUGGAAUCGUCGUCCGUUGUGCCUUCUGCCGUGUCUUCCGAGAUUGCCAGCUCGUCCGGGUACUCCAACCAGACUUACACGAUAUCGACUUCUGUGGGGACAGUUGUAUGGACCUCCAGCGACGUGGUGGUGACAGACUUUAGCACCACAACUCUGACGAUGUAUUCUUGUGGUGUUCAGGGAUGCUCCAAGCCAAGCGUGGUGUCCUCGGCCGCCCCGGCCAUGUCUUCGUCAACUUCACCGGCCUGGUCCGAAACGUCUUCUGAGACUCCAUCUGCCAGUGAAUCUGCGAAAUUGCUGUCUUCUGAGAUCUCAUCUGCCAGUGAAUCUGCGAAGGUGCUGUCUUCUGAGACUCCAUCUGCCAGUGAAUCUGCGAAAUUGCUGUCUUCUGAGAUCUCAUCUGCCAGUGAAUCUGCGAAGGUGCUGUCUUCUGAGACUCCAUCUGCCAGUGAAUCUGCGAAGGUGCUGUCUUCUGAGAAGGUGCUCUCCUCUGCCUCUCCAUCAAGCAUGUCUUCACAAGUAUGGCCAACCUCCAAGGCAGCAGAGUUUUUCACCACCAGCGCGGCUUCUUCCGAGCCUCUGGCCUCGCAGUCCUCCGAGCAAUAUUCCGUCAGAACGUCAGUGGGAACCGUGGUCCGCACUUCCAGUGACGUGGUGGUCACCGACUACUCCACCACCACCGAUACGGUGUAUUCGUGUGGGGUGGAUGGGUGCACGAGGCCCAGUGAAACGGAGACCAGUUCUGCGGUGGUUUCUGCGGUGGUUUCUGCGGUUUCUUCGUCUCCAGACUCCUCCUCGUCGGAUCUCCAGCCCGCGUCCUCCAGCCAGCCGGGAGCCGUGUCGUCGAGUGCAAUGCCGGCCAGCUCUGCCAAUGAAAGCGUCACCACCACCGCCGUCAGAACCACCAUAGUCACCACCUGCACGUCGUCGGGCCACGAGUAUGUGCUGUCCAGAACCACAACCUUGGUGCACACACUAGUGGUCACCACGUGCACGUAUUCCGGCACCACGCAAACCCUGACCUUGACGCAGCUGACGUCGGAGCCGGUUUCGGAGACGGAGCCGGAGCCCGCCGCUUCAAGCAUGGCCAGCGAGACUCUGGGAUCCAGCUCGUGGCCGUUUUCGGUGGCCGCCAGCUCUUUCACGGCCGCCAGCUCGGCCUCAUCGGCUGUGCCGUCUUCCGCGAUCGAGUCAUCAGUUGGGUCUUCCAUUGUGUCAUCUGAGUCAUCAAUCGUGCCAUCUUCAGAGUCAUCUAUCGAGUCAUCAGUCGUACCAUCUUCAGUGCCAUCUUCAGUGCCAUCUUCAGAGUCAUCUUCAGUGCCAUCAGCCGUCUCAUCAACUGAGCCAUCGGCCGUGCCUUCUUCCUCGGUCGUGCCGCCAGUGACCUCGUCCUCGCUCGUGAUUUUCUGCUCGUCGCCCGUCUGCUCCGCCUCCACCAAGCGCUCCACCAGAAGCUCCACCAGAAGCUCCACCAGAAGCUCCACCAGAAGCUCCUCCACCACCCUGGAUUCGCUGUCUGCACCUGCUUCUUCUGCCGAGACCCGGACUGCUUCAUCCAGCACCACGGUUUCUGCCCCUACCUCGGAAACCGAUGCAGUGCUGUCGUCGCUGGUGCCGGUGCUUUCAUCGCUGGUGCCGGGCUCGGAGUUCAGAACCCUGGUUUCGCCCAAAAGCUCCGUGCCGGCCGUGACAACCACCACAGCUUUCGAGACGACCUUGGUCACCACAUGCACCGAGUCGGGCGACACGUUUUUGCUGACGCAGACGACCAGCACAACGCAGACGCUAGUCAUCACCACGUGUCCUUAUUCGGACACCACGGUGGUGCUGACCAGCACAGUCGAGAGCCCGGAGAGUGCCGGCCCGCAGCCUUCUGCCGUUUCCAGUUCAGGCUCUGAGACCGUGGCCACCUGGAAGACCCAGCCCGGCGCAUCGUCUGUGGGGACUCCAUCUUCGGGGGCCUCGACAUCUGAGACUCCAGUCGAGACUUCGGUUGAGACUCCAGUUGAGACUUCGGCUGAGACUCCAGUCGAGACUUCAGUUGAGACUCCAGUUGGCACAUCGUCAGUUGAGACUUCGGCUGAGACUCCAGUUGAGACUUCGGCUGAGACUCCAGUCGAGACUUCGGUUGAGACUCCAGUUGAGACUUCAGUUGGCACUUCAGUUGGCACUUCAGUUGGCACCUCGUCCGCUUCGCCUGCCCGUCCAGGCUCCACCGCCACGUCUGAGCUGGCUUCUGCAGAGCCUCGCUCCAGUGAAAAAGCCGCUUCUCAGACCACGCAGACAGAGCCCACCCAGAAGAAGCCCACCCAGACCUCGGCCAUGGCAACGCUGGCUUUUUCGCUGAGCAUCGUGGUCGCCCAAGUCUCGCCUGCCUCUGUCUCUGAACCCAGCAUCAAGUCGCAAGCCACGCCCGGAACCCCGUCUCCUAAUACCACAGUGCUGCCUCCUGCCAGUGGCACUCCAUCGGCCCCGGCGUCUCGGUCCCCGGCCACGGUGCCUGUCCUCUCUAUGGAAACCCAGCCUCCAUCGCAGGCCCCUUUGGUUCCAUCGGACUCAUCGCCGAUCCCACCACCAACUCCGUCCCUGGCCGCUUCGGCAGUGCCCACCGCCUCUGUUUCCCAGUCAUGUGACGAGAUCUGCGGCGACAACCAGUUCUGCCGUUUCAUGGCCGGCUGCGAGACCGACUCGGAAUCCACCACCCGGAUCACGCUCACGACCUCGGUGACUAGCAAAACCAGCGCCUCGGUCACGGCGCCCCCAAGCCUCACAAUGGCCACAAGCAGAGUGACUUCCGAGCCCGCGUUCCAGUCUUCGAGCCACACCUUCAACAACGCCACGAUUUCCUCGUUCGAAGGAUCGGCGCACAGGAGCUCCUUGCCCAAUAUGUCCUUGGCGUUGGUGAUGCUCUUUCUUGGCGUGAGCGUUUAG